AUGUUCCUGAUUGAGGGACUUGUGCCAAAGCUGGACCCUGAGGAGAUGAAAAGGAAGAUGUUCAAGGUUGUGAUCUCCUCCAUAUGGGACUUCCUCAUCUAUGUGGCCCUGCUGCAAGUCACAUCUUUUCUCCUAAAGAAAUUGGAAAGCAUAUGA